UGGAGACAUUGUUUCUUGAGUAUCCUUCUGGACAUAGAUGAAUAUGUAAACAUUAUCAGUGUACAGCAUGAUAGUUUUAUAACGCCAUACCAAGUGUAGUAGAUUUAUUAAGAUAGUGCAUUCCAAAUGAUGAAAUUACUCAUAUGUUUGAAAAUUUGCAAAGUUUGUAAAAGAGUCAGACGUUCCCAUUGUUCUACAUUAUCUUCAAAAUUUCAAAGGGCACAGGCAUUCCACUGUCUUAAACUGUCUUCUUUUAUAGGAGUAUUAUAAUCUUGAUAUAAAUAAGUAGGAAGAUAUCAAACAAAAAUGCACAUGUGGUUAAUUUUAGUACAUUUUGUUACUCAGAAUUUGGGAAAGAAAUUUUGAUUUCAAAGGUGAUUAAAGAGGUCUUCAGCUAUUUUAGGCGUUAGUUCAAGUCGGUUUGGAUCAAUGCCCUUUAUGUGCAGGUUAGCCUCCAGAGCCCUAGAUGUCGCUGUGGCUCCGCGAUGGGCGUGUGUGUGCGUCUCUGUGAUUACAAACUUGAGGGCAGAGAAGCCGAGUGCGGCUGGGGAAUGAUGGCUGAGGAAGAGGAAGAAGCUAAGCACAUCUUGCAGAAAUUACAGGAACUGGUGGAUCAGCUCUAUUCAUUUCGAGAUAGCUAUUUUGAGACACAUAGUGUUGAGGAUGCUGGGCGGAAGCAACAGGAUGUGCGGGAGGAGAUGGAGAAGACCCUGCAGCAGAUGGAGGAAGUAUUGGGUUCUGUCCAGGGCAAGGCACAGGCUCUGAUGCUAACAGGGAAGGCACUGAAUGUGACUCCUGACUAUAGCCCUAAGGCUGAGGAGCUUCUGUCAAAGGCUGUGAAGCUGGAACCUGAGCUGGUGGAAGCCUGGAACCAGCUGGGUGAGGUCUACUGGAAGAAAGGGGAUGUUGCAGCUGCCCACACCUGCUUCUCAGGAGCCCUCACCCAUUGCAAGAACAAAGUCUCCCUGCAAAACUUGUCAAUGGUGCUUCGCCAGUUGCGGACUGACACAGGAGAUGAACAUUCUAACCAUGUCAUGGACAGUGUUCGACAAGCUAAGUUGGCUGUGCAGAUGGAUGUCCUUGAUGGCCGCUCCUGGUAUAUUCUGGGGAAUGCAUACCUUUCUCUAUACUUCAAUACUGGCCAGAACCCUAAGAUCUCCCAACAAGCCCUCAGUGCCUAUGCCCAAGCAGAGAAGGUUGACGGGAAAGCUUCUAGCAAUCCUGACCUUCAUCUGAACAGGGCAACGUUACAUAAAUAUGAAGAGAGUUAUGGGGAGGCCCUGGAGGGCUUUUCUCGGGCUGCAGCACUAGACCCUGCCUGGCCAGAGCCCCAGCAACGAGAGCAACAACUCCUGGAAUUCCUUAAUAGAUUAACCAUCCUCCUGGAAAGCAAGGGAAAGAUGAAGGUGAAAAAGCUACAGAGCAUGCUGGGAAACUUGCGUCCUGCCCACCUAGGCCCCUGUGGUGAUGGUCGCUAUCAAUCAGCCUCUGGGCAGAAGGUGACCCUGCAGCUCAAGCCUCUGAGUGAGCUGAAGCCUGGUGUAAAUAGUGGUGCUGUGGUCCUGGGAAAGGUGGUGUUUAGCCUAACCACAGAGGAGAAAGUCCCCUUUACAUUUGGCCUAGUAGAUUCAGAUGGACCUUGCUAUGCGGUGAUGGUGUAUAAUAUGGUGCAGAGCUGGGGAGUGCUCAUUGGGGACUCCGUAGCCAUCCCUGAGCCUAACUUGCGGCUUCACCAAAUUCAGCACAAAGGAAAGGACUAUUCCUUUUCCAGUAUUCGUGUGGAGACUCCCCUCCUGCUGGUGGUGAAUGGAAAGCCUCAGGGUUCCAGCAGUCAGGCUGCUGCCACAGUGGCCUCUCGACCACAGUGUGAAUGACCUCUCCUGACUUGCAUGCUGAAGAGGGAGUGGAGGCGAGGAUAUACGCUGAAGGCACUCAGCCACUGGACCAGCCACAUCCAAUGACUCUGAGGGGUUUGGGGAGGGAGUAUUUUAAAUGAAGACUUUCCCUUUUCCUGCCCAAUAAGAUAUUUUGUGUCUCCUUUUUUUGUUUUCCUCCCAUCAUGUUCCAGCUCUUUUCAGAGCCACAUGGUCUCAUGAUAUAUCUCUCCUGCCUUUUUUAACUUUUUGACUGCUGUUUUAAGCAAAGAGCUUAGAAUUGGUAGAAGCGUUAGAAUCUUGCCAUGGGACAGGGUCCCCAAGGUUCCUGGUUUUUGUCUCCGUCCUGAGUCUAAUAUGUAUAUAUCAGUUCAGUAUUUAUUGCUAAGGGGAGGGGUGCUUAACUUUUUAAUGGCUUGAUUUUUGAGCAUUUUUUAAGAUUUAAGUUCUUCCCCUUAUUUGGGGCUGGAACAAAAUUAAACUUGUUUCAAAGAAAAAAAUACCAUGUAGUUUGGUUUGCUUUUUUCUCUCCAGGCUUGGAUUCUUGCAUUUAAGAUCUAUUGAAAUAAUACUGUCUAUUUGGUUUUUAUAUAAAAUAGUUUAUUUCUCUCCCAGUUAAAAAAUUUUGGCAAUAGACAGCCCAGGAAUGAAAGCUCCAGAAGGUUGCUGGAGAAACAGUUUCAUUUCAUAUUCUUAUUUUAUCAUCCUUAGAUGUGGUCCUCAUUAUGGUCCAAAGUGGCAGAGCAAUAUUAUUCUAAUAGUGUUUCCUAGGCUGAAAGACCAGAAAAAGCCAUAUAUUUCAUUUCUUCAGGUUCUAGUGAUAUAUUUUAUAAGUUUCUCUCAAUAUUUUCAUGGAAAAAUAAGGAAACAUGAAUGAGAAUUAAUAACCAAUUGAACAGCUGUAAGAUAUUAAUAAUUACAGAUGUAUUUGGAAGACUUCUAGUGAUAUAGCUCAGGUCUUUCUCCUUGGUACAGUCCUGUUCAACUCUUGUUCAGUGACUUGAGUAUCAUUGAAAUUUUGUAAAGAAUGUAAAAUACUUCUCAGUGAAUUGAUUACAGUGUUCAAGCCUAUCUAAAGAAGUUAUAUCUAUCUUCUAUAGGUAUAGAAGAUAGAAGUUAUCUUCCAUCUGUCUAAAGAAGUUAUAAAAGUUGAAUGUAACAAGAUAAAUUUUUUUAUUGGUACAUUUUAAUGGAAUUCAUUAUGCUAUAGUCAUACAUGUGCAUAAUGUAAUUUGAUCAAUCUUAUUGCCUAAUACCUCUCCUUCUCCUUCCCUUCUCCACCUGAUCCCCCCUUGAUCUAAUGGUCUCCCUUCUGUUAUUAUUUUUAAUUAGUGCAUUAUAAUUUCAUACAAUAGUGGGAUUCUAGUGGUAUGUUUGUACAUGGAUAUAGCAUAAUUGGUAGAUUUCAUUCCCCAGUACUUCCCCAUGCCUUUUUCUCUUCCCUCCUUCUUGAUCCCCUUUCUAUACUUUAUUGGUCCCCUUUGUGAGAUUCCCAUUUUUUCCUCUCUAACUGCCACCUCAGAGAAAAUACUAGUCCCUUGUCAUUCUGAGUCUGGAUUAUUUCACUUAGUACAAUAUUCUCUAGUUCUAUCCAUUUAUAAGCAGAUGACACAAUUUCAUUCUUCUCAGGCUGAGUAAACCUCCACUGUGUAUAUAUACCAUAUUUCCUUUGUUGAUAGAUACCUAGGCUGGUUCCAUAACUUAGUUAUUGUGGAUUGUGUUGCUCUAAACAUUGGUAUGUAUGUAUUCCUAUUGAAUGCUGAUAUUAGUUUAUCCUUCAAGGAGAAGGAUAAAUGUAUUGUAUGGUGGUUCCAUUCCUAGCCUUUAGAGAAAUGUUCAUACUAUUUACAAAAUGAUUGUAUUAAUUUUCAGUUCUAUCAACAAUAUAUAAGUGUACAUUUUCCCACAUCCUCUCUAGCAUUUAAUAUUGUUUUCUUGAUGCUUGCCAUUCUCACUGGAGUGAGAUAAAAUCUCAGUGUAGUUUUGAUUUGCAUUUCCCUGAUUGCUAAAGAUGUUGAACAUUUUUUCAUAUAUUUGUUGGCCAUUUGUAUGUCCUCGUUUGAGAAAUGUCUGUAUAAGUUAUUUGCCUACUGACUGGGUUAUUUGUUUUUCUGGUGUUACUUUUUUUUUAGUUCUUUAUAUAUCUGGAUAUUAAUCCCUUAUUGGAAGAGUAACUAGCAAAGCUUUUCUCCCAUUCUGUAGGUUCUUUCUUCAUGCUCUUAAUUAUUUUCUUUGCUGUGCAGAAGCUUUUUAAUUUGAUGCCAUCCUUCUUAUUGAUUCUUAUUUUAUUUCCCAAGCAUCAGGAGUCUUAUUAAUUCAAUUCCUGUAUUUUGGAGUAUUGACACUAUGUUUUCUUCUAGCAGUUUCAGUGUUUCUGGUCUAAUUUCUAAACUCACUUUGAAUUGAAUUUUUAUGCAGGGUGAAAGAUAGGACUCUAGUUAUUCUUCUACAUAUAUUCAACAUCAUUUGUUGAAAAGGCUAUCUUUUAUCUAAUGUAUUUUUUUUGGCAUCUUUGUUGAGUAACAAAUGACUGUAUCUUUGUGGAUUUGUUUCUGAGUUUUCUAUUUCAUCCAUUGAUCUUCAUUUCUCUUUUCAUGCCAAACAAUGCUGUUUUUGCUACUGUAGUUAUGUAGUGUAAUUUGAGAUUAGGUGUUGUGAUGCUUUCCAACAUUGCUUUUAUUGCUCAAAAUUGCUUUAGCUAUUCUGGCUUUUUUAUUCUUCUAUAAGAUUUUUAGGACUUUUUUUUUCUAGUUCUGUAAAGAAUGUCAUUGAUAUAUUGAUAGGGAUUGUAUUGGAUCUGUAGAUCACUUUUGAUAAUAAAGCCAUUUUGACAAUUCCAAGAGCAUGUUAGGUCUUUCCAUUUUCUAAGGUCUACUUCAAUUUCUUUCUUUCUUGUUCUGUAAUUUUCAUUGUAGAGGUUUUUUGCCUCUUCAGUUAGAUUUACUCCUGUGUGUGUGUGUGUGUGUGUGUGUGUGUGUGUGUGUGUGAGAGAGAGAGAGAGAGAGAGAGAGAGAGAGAGAGAGAGAGAGAGAGAGAGGUUAUUGUGAAUGAAAUUGUUUUCAUGGUUUCUUUCUCAACAGAUUCAUUAUUAGAAUAAAGGAAAGCUAUGGAUUUUGUAUGUUGAUGUUAUAUCUCACUACUUUGCUGAUUUUUUUUAAUUAGCUUAGAUAUCUAGUAGAAUUUUGGGGAUUUUUAAAAUGGAUCAUGUCAUUAGCAAAUAGAGACAAGUUGUCUUCUUUUUCUUGCCUAAUUUCCCUGACUAGAGUUUCAGGUAUUAUAUUGAAUAGGAAUGAUGAGAGUGGACAUCCUUAAUAAGGUCUUUUGAUUCAUAAGGCUAAGUUUCUGAGGUGAAUCUUCAGAAAGAAGAUAAUCAUGUAUAAAAAUCACUAGGUAUUUUCAUAGAUAAGGCCCAGUCAGUAUGAGUAAUCAGUAUCAUAGAGUUGCUAAAGGACUCUCUGACUAUACCAAGAUAUUUGUGAUAGAGUUUUUAAUAGAGUGUUUGUCUCUCAGAACACAUGGAAUCUUGAAUUUAGUUUCUGCUGUCAAUUUUGAGGUCUCUAGUCAACAAGAGUGAUUAGGAGCUUGUAGGGUUAUAAAAUUGUCUUGAGUAAUAGCUGAAAGCAGCUAGGGAGUAUAGGUUGGUAAACAUUAGAGAUAGGAGAAAUGAGACCUGCUAUGGUUAAUUGUGAUAUGUUCCCUAAAAGCUCAUAUGUGAGAGAGUGCAAGAAAGUUUAGAUGUGGAAUGCUUGGGUUAUGAGACCCUUAACCUAAUUAGUGCAUUAAUCUCCUGAUAGGGGUUAACUGGGUGGUAAAUUGGCAGGUAGGUUGUGGAUGGAGGAGGUGGGUCAUUAAGGGUGUGCAUUUGAGAUAUACAUUUUGUCCUUUUUGAGGGGAGCUCUCUCUGCUUCCUGGUGCCAUGUCCUGAGCUGCUGUCCUUUGCCGCAUUCACCAUAACAUCCUGCUUUACCUUGGAUCCUGUGAAUGGAGUGGUCUACCUGUGAAUUGAGACCUCUUAACACAGUGAGCCCUGAAAUAAACUUUUCCUCCUCUAAUUGUUCUUGUCAGAUCUUUUGGUCACAGACAGCAGCAAAAAAGCUAUGACUAAAAGAAAUUGAUGCUGAGAAGUAGGGUUCUUGCUGAGACUAAUGUAGUUCAGAAACUUUUGGAGCUUUUUGGGAUUUGUGGGAGGAAAGUUUAGCAAUGUAAGCUGGAAAAACUUUAGAAUGUUAUGAGAGGAACUUAAUGGCCAAUUCUGGUGGGAGCUCAAAAGACCAGAAUGCUGAUAGGACUAUAUACAGUAAAGAUUGGGUUCAAGAGUUUUCAGAGAAGAAGGACUCUAUUGGAAAUGGGACUAGAGUCCAUUUGUGUUAUGUUCUGGCUAAGAAGUUGUCUUCAUUUUGCCCAUGUUUUGAGACUUUCUGUGAGGCUAAAUUUGAAGGUGAUGGAUUUCUUAACCUAGCAGAAGAAAUUUCUAGGCAGUAUAGUAUUCAGGAUGUAAUAUUCAUGGAUAUUGCUGGUGGCUUUUAUCCAAGUUUUUUUGUGAUAAUCAGGAGCAGAAAGCAAAGCAGAAAGAUUUGAAAAACUUGCAGCUUGGCCAGAAAACUGUGAGUAAAAGUGGGGUAAGGAAGGUAUGGUUGUUAAAAACAACACAUCCACUACAGAAACACUAAAUACUUUAACCAGAGACAAUAGGAAGGAUGGCUUGAAGGCUUCUCAGGAAUUGGCAAGACCAUAUCCAUUUCAGGUUCAAGGGCAUAAAAAUAAAAAUUCCUUUGAGAAGGAAUAAACCAUUGGAUUUCCCUGCUUGCAGGGAGAAGAUGGUAGGAAGUUGUUACAACAUGCUCAGCCACCGAGGUACUCAGAGGCUGCUGCAGCCUUGGUCCCUGGAGGCUUGGCUACUGCUUGAGAUGGUGGCAGACCUUGGUGUCAACCAUGUGGUGCUGAUUCUACAGAAAUGCAAGAUGCUCCGGUUAAGGGGUCAUGGAUGCUUACACCAAGAUUUCAAAGGAAGGCCUGGGAGGCCAGGCAAAGUGCAGGAGGGUUGGAGUUCCCUUGUGAGGAGGAAGCCGGAGCUGCAGUGGAGACUCCUGAGAUUAAUCUUAAUCUCCUUUGUGGAGGAGAGCUGCAGGAAUCCAUCAGAGGCAAGCUAAGAGAGAGGUCAUGUGGGCUGUCAUGCGCUUAGGAUGCCAUGUGCUUCAGAUGCUGGACAUGGAAAUGUAGGACUUGUUUGCCCAUCUGGAUUUCAGUCUUGUUUUGGUCCCAUCCCCUCUUUCUAUGCCUCUGUUUCUUCACAUGGAAAUGCUUACUCUGUGCCUUUAUAUAUUGGAUGUAUGUAACUUGCUUUUGAUAUUUACAGCUCAUUUUGAGAGUUUGCCUUGAGUCUCAAAGGAGACAUUGUACUUGGAAUUUUGGGCAAUGCUAGAACUGUUAAGAAUCAGAUUAAAUGUUUCUUAACAGUUCUAGCAUUUAAUCUGAUUCCUGGGAAUCAGAUUAAAUGUAUUUUUCACUGUGAGAUGGACGUGAGUUUUAGGGGGCCAGGGGUGGAGUGUUAUGGUUUACCUAUGAGGUAUGUGCCAAAAGCUUGUGUGAGACAAUGCAAUAAAUUUUAGAGGUGAAAUGUGUAUGGAAAAUGACAAAUCCCAAAAUAGUGUGGUCUGGGAAGAGGGAGUGAGAAAGAAGGCCAAACAUUGAUAACAUUGAUCCUUUCCCAAUACCUCCCUUCCCAGUGACAAAGACCGUCCCUGGGAAGGAGAUAUCCAUCAAAUCUAAAAUGUCAGUGUCUGGGAGGAAGCCAAAGCAUUGAUCCUUCCCCAAAUCAAUCCCAGUGACAGUACAACAGGACCCCCAAGGGACAGAGAUAAGCAUUGAAUGCUGACCUCCAGACCCUCCAUUCUUCCCCAAGUAAAAACAUUGUCCAGUAAAAACAAAUUUCAAAUUCUCACAACCUGUUUCCUGAGUACCCAAACUGAUAUGCUUUGUCAAUAAUUAAGUCACCUCUCAGUGUAGCAUAUAUAAGCACAGAUUCCUCCUUUGGCUAGUGACUCAUUAUCCAUUGGGAAAGUAUGUCCACCAGAUGCAUGACUCCACUGCUGAAUAAAAGCUUUGCUGAUCUGGGAAGUUUGCACUGGGCUUGGUUAUGAUUUUGGGUUAUGAGAAUCUUGACCUAAUCAGUGCAUUAAUCCUCUGAGAGGGAUUAACUGAAUGUGAGGCAGCAGGGUUGGUCAUUGGGGGGCAUGUCUUAAGGAUACAUAUUUGUGUCCUUGUUGAGGGGAGCUCUCUUUAUGCUUUUUGGUGCCAUGUCCUGAGCCACUUUCCUCCUUCACACCUUUUCAUCAUGAUGUUCUGCCUCAUUUUGGGCUCAAAGCAAAGGAGUCAGCCAUCUAUGGACUGAGAUUUCUGAAACUGAGACCCAAUAUAAAUUUUUGCUCCUCUAAUUGUUAUUGUCAGGUCUUUAGUCAGCAAUGAAAUAACUGAUUAAAAUAUGGCCCAAUAACUGUUUUCCUUUUACUGAAGUCCUGAGAUGAUUUGACACACUCAUUUUAGGGCCAGAGAUAAAAAAAUGAUCAGUAGGUACUAACCUGAGAGAAGCAGUAUGUAAAAAACAGAAAAGUAUGCAAAAUAUGUAAGAAUGGAUUCAAGAAUAAUGAGAAUACUGUGGAAUAUUUAACUAUUAUUCAUGGUAAUGAGACUGUUGGACAUGGGAAAAUUUCAGUUCAACAUAAGAAAGUUACUGUUGAAACUAUCAAAAUCUAAACUGCGCUGCUUUAGGAGAUGUGAAUUCUUUUUGAAAUGAAGACUACUGGAUAUAUUAUUGAGCACAUUGAAUGAGAUUCCUAUAUCUGGAAAUAGUUGACUUAAGAUUACUUUCAGUUCUAAUGUUUUAUGACUUAGUGGAUCUUAUUUCUGUCCUUUACAACUCUUGACUUGUUGCUCAGACUAGUGAAGACUAGUUGGCUGAGUAUUAAUCUUCCAGUUAGGUUGAAUGUAUUUCCAGACUAAACUAUGAACAAAGAGACCCUCAGAAACACAUUUGGAUCUCUGUAAGUCAAGAACUUACUGUUUUCUCCUAAGGCUCUAGACUUUGAGUAUCUUAUCAACACACUUAGAAUUUUGAAAUAGAGAACUUUUUAUGUGCAAACAAAGAGAGUUUUUGAAUUAGGUUAUUCUUGGGCUCACAGAGCCUGAAUUUUCUUUAGGACAGAGGAUCAUGCUUAUUUACAUAACCAGUCCUGUCUUAAGAUUAAAGUGAGUUCUAAUGAUACACCAUUCCUUUUUUUUUUCAUUCCUUAUAAGUCCUUAGAUCUGACUCUUCUCUACAUUUGAAAUUUGUGUGCUAAUAUGGAAUGAAUUGAGUAAUAGGAGAGCUCUCACUAAGGUUCUAUCAAGUUUUGGCUAGGUAGCAACUUCAUGUUUCCUAUGGCUUAACAUUCAGUGUGAGAGAAAAAGAUCUUGUGACUAAGCUCAGUGCUCAUUGGUAUCUCCACUGCUAACUAUGUCCGUUCUUCCAGGAAACUCUAUACAUAAUCCUGGGUCUAUUCCUUGAGGCCUCUUUGGUCUGGAAAAUAUUUAGGGAAGGUGACAUCAAAUCCAACAUUUCCUUGAUUCUUAGAGAAACUCUUCUUUGCCUAAUUUUAAAUGUCAAAUUACAAGGUAACAGAUAAUUUAUACAUCAUAAAAUUCUUGUGUCAUAAUUUAAAUUGUAGAGUUUUCUAUUAUAAAGGCCCAAAGGUAAUGGUGCUUCUAUCUAUAGUAUCUUAGAAUUAAAGAAAUACAGAAAUUGUAUUUUGUGGCAGCUGCUCUGUAUCAGGUUCCUUUCUUAUUUUUCUUUAUAUAUGAUGGUCAACUUUCCAUAACAGUUAAUAUGAAUCUACCACAUUAUCUUAAAAUGUCUGCAUAGGAUUCCAGUUAAUGGACAUCAUCAUUUGUUUUAUCAUUCUACUUGGUUGGUUAUUUAUGUUUCAAAAGUUGUGAAUUACACAACACAGUGAACUUUUGGAAGCAUUAAUAUUAGGUAAAUGUUAUGAAAUGAACUUGUUGAUUGGUUAAUGUGCUGAUUUGUAUUCCAUAAAAGAUGUAUCAGUUUAUAUAUCUAUCAACUAUUAUAUAAGAGUGCCUAUUCAUGAAUUGGGAUAUGAUUUUUACAUCUGUUAGGCAAUAUGAUUCUUUGUUGUUUCAAAUUCACAUUCUUUUAUUUUUUACUUUUUUUAUUAGUUGCUGAAGACAAUGAUCUUGACAUAUCAUACAUUUGAUUCAAAUGGGGUAUGAAUUCUCAUUUUUCCACGUGUGCAGAUUGCAGGAUCACAUUGGUUAUACAGCCACGUUUAUAAUGAAUCACUUGUUUGGUACUUAACAAAUUUGAUGUGAAGUGUAAAAAUGGGCAUCUGAGUUUGAGAAGAUUGUAUUAAAAAUGUAGGUAAUAUUUGGGCAAUGAUGUAGCACUUUGUACAUUUUGUAUAGCACAUUUGAUUGUAUUAUACUUAAUUAUAUGAGUUGAACUCUU